GCGGGCGCCGCUAGCCGAGGUUUCGGUUGAAUUCUUGGCAGCGUCUCAGUCGGUGAGCAGCUACUCGACCGUCCGUUUAUAUCGAGCGAUUCCCACGAUGUGCGGCCAAUUAUCUUAACGGAAUAGCAGUGGGGAGGAGACGCCGGAGCAGCGUUACAGAGAAAUGCACAAGACUGGCAGUAAUUGAAAAGGAGGAGGCAGCUGACCGGUCUGGUUCCUAAUGGCCCAGUGAAGUCCUUCCCUACAGGCUAAAAGCGAUGUUUUUGGGAGCUGGAGGCCGUAGCACCAUCAGCAGUGUGUGUGUGAGGCCCGAUCUCUCCCUUUUUUACCAGCACUCUUCCAGAGAUGGGAUGUCAGCCCUCUGUGUCUCUGGCCUCCAUAGUUCUCUGAGAUCUUCUGGGGGGCCAUGAACAGCUACACAGACAGAGGGGUCACUUGCACCUCAUCAGACCUUCUGGAUGGCGGAAGGGGAGGAGGAGGGCUGCCUCUCUCUGCAUCCCAACACACUCCGUUCCGACACACCCCCAAUGGCCACCCAGCCCCUGGCCUUACAGACCCGCCCAUCCAAUCACGUGUCUCUGUGCCCAAAAUGGGCGUGCGGGCACGUAUUGCGGAAUGGCCUCCACGCCGAGCACAAUCCCAGGAAUCACUACUUGAAAAUGGGCAAGUUGGCAGCAGUCACCAUGGCGGUGACUACUCGACAUCCAUUUCAUCUUCACUUUUGCCACCUGACACUGGAUUGAUUCGGGGAGGGCUUGCCAGGCUGCCACGACGACGGUCCAAGGAUGUAGAGUUCCGAGGUGGAGGGUUCGGUGGGGAGAGAGGUUCGCCUUUGAGUCUACGUGUUUUCCCUCCAUUAAGGCAACGGUCUAACAGCGAGGUUACGCUGAGCGAACAGGAUGAAAAUGAGGUGGAUGGUCGUGGAGUUGGUGGGAUGGGGAAUCUGUUCAGAGAGUACGGCAGCACGUCUUCAGUCGACAUCCAGGGCAUUCCUGAACAAAGCUUCUUCGAGAUGCUCAACCAGUUCCACCAGGAGAGACCCGACCAGCGCAGCUCAGCAUCCGGACGCCUCAGAGAACUGCUGACCGUGACGGACUCUCAACCAAAGGCUCCCCUCCUCUCUGCUUCUUCACCCAUUCCCACGAUGAGUGGCGAUGACAGAGGGACGGGGAGGAAAGACGGAGCAGAGAGAGUGAGGAAGAAAAGUGGAGGGACGGAGUCAUCACUAGGCACCUCCUCUUUGUUUAGGAAGCUUCGGAGCUCAAGCAGAGGGGAGCUGGAUGGAGGGAAAGGAGAGACUAUUGAAGAUAGCGGAGGGCGGAGUUUAGUAGAUUGCACUUACAAACCGUGGGUGUGCCCCAAAAGCUUUGUCCACUUUGAUGCUCAGAGCAUUCUGUUUGACCUACACGAGGCAGCUGCUCAGCGUGCUUUUGUUGCCCAGAGGAGGAACAUUGCCACGGGGGCAUCAGCCGCCUCAGUGUCUCUGUCCACUUCAAGAACCUCAGCACCAAGUGGGAACGAACCAACUUACUCCAGCAUUGAGGAUCUGACAGCAGUCCUUGACCCAAGCACCACAACAACCUGCGUAGGAAUGGACCCUGCAGAGGGGCCUCCUGGGACCUCCUUAAGCUCACUGCUCCUCUGCUGUCCCCACUUCCUCAAUGAGACUGGGGGCUAUGGAGAGCGCAACAUCAGCUUCCUCAGUUCCUCAGCAGAGCGAGGAGUUGAAGGCACAAGAGGUUGGCUGAGGAGGAGCAAUGCCAGCAUGUCCAUUCUGGAGGUCUCAAUCGAACAGCAGGUUAUAAGACUGGACAGACUGAAGCUCUACAGCAUAGAGCAUGUAGACCUUGGGGCCAGGUACUACAGAGACUACUUCCACGGCAAAGAGCACUCAAACUACUUUGGGACAGAUGACAAGCUUGGCCCCGUGGCUGUCAGCAUCCGCAGGGAAAAACUGGAUGACACCAAAGACCUCAAAGACCAGUACCAGUACCGCCUCAUUGUCAGAACAAGUGAGCUGACAACCCUGCGGGGCUCUAUUUUAGAGGAUGCGGUGGCGUCUACAGGGAGACACGGCACUGUGCGGGGUUUGCCUCUGAAAGAGGUUCUGGAGCAGGUGGUCCCCGAGCUUAAUGUCUCCUGUUUGAGACUUGCACUCACCACGCCGAAGGUCACAGAGCAGCUCCUUAAACUGGAUGAACAGGGGUUAAGUCAGAAGCACAAGGUGGGUGUUCUGCUGUGCCGGGCAGGCCAAAGCACAGAGGAGGAGAUGUACAACAAUGAGGAGGCAUCGCCCGCCUUCUCUGCAUUCCUGGAGCUGCUGGGGGAGCAGGUGCUCCUCAAAGGAUUCACCAAAUAUGCUGCACAGCUUGACACAAAGACGGACUCCACAGGCACCCACUCCUUGUACACCACCUACCAAGGCUAUGAGGUCAUGUUCCAUGUAUCCACUAUGUUGCCGUACAUGCCCAACAACCCACAGCAGCUCUUACGGAAGCGGCACAUAGGGAACGACAUUGUCACUAUAAUAUUCCAGGAGCCCGGUGCCCUGCCUUUCACCCCGAAGAAUAUUCGCUCCCACUUCCAGCAUGUGUUUGUGAUUGUCCGCGUGCACAACCCCUGCUCAGAAAACACUUGUUACAGCGUUGCUGUCACACGCAUGAAGGACGUGCCCCCCUUCGGCCCGCCCAUCCCUAGCAGCAUCACCUUCCGCGACCCGGAGACUUUUCGCAAUUUUCUUCUCGCCAAAGUCAUCAAUGCAGAAAAUGCCGCGCACAAAUCCGAGAAGUUCCACACCAUGGCAACACGGACACGGCAGGAGUACCUGCGCGACCUGGCCGAAAACUACAUCAGCAGCACGCCGGUCGACUCCUCCGGCAAACUAAACAACCUCAUAUCCCUCGCUUCUAAAAAACGGGAGCGCUUGAAGGCUAGAGAGGGAGCAGAGUUAGGAGCCGCUGGGGCCGUGGCCUGGAGAGUCCUGGCCCAGGACUUCAGUGGAGGAGGAGCAGAGCUUGCUUGUGCCCUGGGUGUGUCAGCAGAGUACAUCCUCCUGACUGACUGUUCCACCAAAGAGGUAGUGUUUAACUGCUUCUGUGCGGACGUGAUCGGCUGGACGCCGGAGCGACUGGCGCUGAAGAUCUUCUACGGAAGAGGAGAUCAUAUUGCAGUGAGUGUCCUAGAGGGCUGUGCCCAGGACAUCAGGGAGAUGGUGCAGAGGUUAAAGUCUUUGACCAUGGGAUGUGAGACAGUGGAUAUGACCCUGAGAAGAAAUGGGCUCGGACAGCUCGGGUUUCACGUUCGCCUGGACGGCACUGUGGCUGAGGUGGAGGAAUACGGCUUUGCUUGGCAGGCAGGCCUGAGGCAGGGCAGCCGCUUAGUGGAGAUCUGCAAAGUGGCCGCAGUGACGCUGACACACGAGCAGAUGAUCGACCUGCUGAGAACAUCAGUCACGGUCAAAGUGGUCAUCAUUCCUCCAUAUGAAGAGGGAGGACCUCGCAGGGGCUGCACCGAGGAGUAUGAGAUGAAGGCCAUGGAGCAGAAGAAAGAACUUGAGCCUUUGGCAGCAGGUUAUCGCCCCUCUCCUCGUCCACCUGCAUGGCGAUGGGAUAGCCCGCCCAUCCCCCCGGGGCUCCACAGUGCCCCCAACCCACAGCGCUGGACACCCAUGGGCCCCCCGCCUCCUCUGCUACCACGCUCGCACAAAGCACUGAUACCUGUUCCCUACAGGGAGCCCCAGCACCUGAAUUCCAAGAGGCCAGUGAGCUACCCUGAGAACCACUACAGCCUGUCUCCUGUAGGAAGUGAUCGGGUUUUGCCUUACAGAAACCCCUCAGCCAGCUUCUCCUCACCCUCCUGCAGCUUGGUGGGCCUUUCUGCGUUGGCACCACCCGGAAUCACGCCAGGUCCUUUUGUUCGCUACAAGCCUUCACCUGACAGAUAUGGAACAGGGCAGCGCUCUCUGCUGCCUUACGAGCCCCACCUCAGCGUGGAUAUCAACUCCAGCGGGGAGUCGUCUUCAGGGUUCACCAGCCAGGAAAGCACCAUGGAGCGCUGCAAGAUGGAACCACUAUGGCAUGUCCCAAUGUCGACAUCUCGGGUUCUGAGUGGUGGAGGAGGUCAGAGGAGGCCAACCAGACAGGAUGUACCUGGGAAAGACUCUCCAAACAGACACUCAAAGGGUGAGACUCAGUACUCCAGCCACUCCAGCAGUAACACUCUGUCCAGCAACGCCUCCAGCAGCCACAGCGACGAGCGCUGGUUUGACUCCAGCACAGGAGAGCGAGGAGGUGGUGGCGGCGGCGGCUACCCCUGUGACGCCACCGAACUCGACGCAGAUCUGCUCAACAAGGGGGGCUCCAGUGACAGUGGAAUUGACGCCCCUACCCACUACAAUCACACAUGCCAUGGAAACGUGUCCAACAGCCAGCUUCACAAACCCGUGCACAGCGCUGCUAUUUACAGCCAGGAGCCGUCUGUGGCAAGGGUCAGUGGUGGCGACGCCAAGAGACGAGAAUCUUCCCCCAUCAUACCGCCAUCAGCCAAUGACAGCAAAGGAUACCGGACAAGGACGUUCCCACCUCCUGGCUCCAGUUCCGAUAAAGUGGAUCCUUUCAAACCCAGGGCUUUUACACCGCAGGGAUACAAGACUCCGACAGCAGAGAAAAUCCGAACAGUACGAGCCUCAACCACGACACCCACUUCAGCUCAAUUAGGCUCCACCCCUUUGUCCAGCUCUGCCCCCAAGGCCUUGUAUGGAAAAAACAGACAGGGCACCUUUCAAACAGAUGACACCAGCAACCUGCCACCUUCCAAUCAAACUACAUCAACUUCUGACAACAACAGUAAGAAGCAGGUCGAUACGAAUUGUAAGAAUGUGUUUGGGCAGCCCCGCCUCCGAGCAUCACUGAGGGACCUGCGUUCUCCUCGACGAACAUACAAGAGCACCAUCGAAGACGACCUGAAGAAACUGAUCAUUAUGGACAACCCCGGAGAAACGCCACAGAGGGAUCCGUCCCCCAGGCGCACCUUGCAGCGCACAUUUUCAGACGAGUCUCUGUGCAGCGGGCGCAGGGACGCCAGCUUUGCCAUUUCUGAGAGCCAGACCACCCCAUCCGACGUCCUUUUCACAUGCACGCUGCCCACACGUAAACACAGCACCUCCAGCAACCACUCCAACCACGUGCAGAACAAGAAGGUGCCGCUGUCUGUGUCAGAGCUGUCCCUCACAGAAGCCAGGGACAAAGUGCCGCCCCUCAGGAGGCUGGACCCCGGGCUGAUGCCACUUCCUGAUACGGCCUGCGGACUGGAGUGGUCCAGCCUCGUCAACGCCGCCAAAGCCUUUGAAGCUCAGAGAGCCGUGUCUCUCUUCUCACUGACGGAGACGCGGGUUGGAGUCCAGGACACGAGAAUGGCUGCCAGUCCAGUCCAGUUCCACACGCCGCAAACGCCACGGACCACUCCGACCUUCAGCGGUGACGAAGUUCCCAACGAUUUAUCGGGGCGACUUUACCACUUGGAGGUGAUGUUAAAACAACUGAAUAGUGAUUUAGAGAAAGAGAAGCAGGACAAAGUCGUGCUGCUUGCCGAAAUGGCCAACCUUCGAGAGAAUAACCAGCGACUGCAGGAGGAGAGCCAGACGGCCAGCGAACAGCUGCGCAAAUUUAGCCGACUUUUUACCAACCUCAACCAGACGGAAAGUGACAGUGAGGGGCACUCCUCCGACCAGGGAGCCGAGUCCAGCAGGGAGUGACCUGCAGAAGAAGGUUCAGACGAGUGCGUAAAAAAAAAAAAAAAAAAAAAAAUGGUGGUAAGAAAUGAAAGAAUACUGCUCGCUCAGUACCCAUGAUUCCUUGCACACCUGAGCAGAAGAGGUCACAGCGGUGUCACCUCAUUCGGCUUCCACAGGACGGCCUUAAACCAGCGAGUACCGGAAAAGAGUUUAACACUCGUGCGCAGCAACACUCCGUCUCAGUUCUGAGCUCCACUUUAUUUUUCUAAGAUAACGUCUUGCAUAAAUAAACUGAUUAUAUAUACGACUAUGCCAGAGGAGCUCGCAGGAGGAGAAACGUCUUGGAGAGAAUACUUCAUCACCCGGAGAGGCCUAAUACUGUUCUGAAGCAUAUCAGCCAAAAAUAUUACAGUCUGCAUCUCCCAGAAUGCACUACAAGUAAUGGAAGCUCUGCAAACGGGGUUCUGUUGUCAAGAUGCCUGUGUGGUACAUUUCUCAUGUAUCGAUAUUAUCGCUGUUGUGCUGAUGUUUGAGAAGAGUCGUACUGAAGAGCUGUAAUGGUACAAACACAUUAUUGCACAAUAGUGUUUGUGCUUGAAUCUGCGUGGAUUUGUUGUUUUUAUUUUUUUUAUUAUUAUUAUUUGUUUGUUGUUUUUUUUUUUUUUUUUUACCUUUGUGUGAUUGUGAGCGAGAGUUUGAACGUGACAUCUGUUUUUACACAACACAGCAUUAAAGCCAAUGUUGGAAAACAAAUUAACUGAGAUUUUAGCAUUCAAAUGGCAACAUUUGGGGAAACCAGUUAUAAGAUUAGAAUCAUGUUUCUUCUUGGGGUGGGGGGUAAUGCAUCAACAAUCACCAUAUUUUGAGGAAUAUUUAUACUGAGAAAUAUCUAUCAGAAUAAGAUUUUAUGGAAACAAUAAAGUUGUAAUGUUAUGAGAUUAAAGUUGUGAUAUUAAAAGUUACUUUGCUACAAAAAGGAAGUAAUAUGAUGGAAAAAGUACCAAUAUUUCAACACUUUGUCUUAUGCUUUUGCUCUUACAAUUAUGACUUUAUCAUAUCUUGCACUAUAACUUUGUUUUUAAAAUUGAAGUUUUAUUUGUAACAAUGCAAACUCAAUCUUCUUAUUUAUUAACAAGUGCGUUGCCCCUAAGGGCAAGGGACACAACUGUAAGUUGAUAUAUCGAUUCAAAUACUAGUGUGGGAAAUAAACAUUAUUUAUUUAGGAAUAAGCAGUAGGUUUUAUGAUAAAAACAGUGACAUUCAGUUCUAUAGAGCUCUGCUGUAAUUCUGUGUAAUAAAACACCAAAAAAUAUGACUGAGAAUUACCAGAAAUUGAUGAAAAUUUAUCAUGGAGGCCUUUAGGUAUACAAUAUUCCUCAUCCCAAAAUUUUAAUUUCAGGCUUCUUGAGUUUUGGGAUCCUGACGUUUUUGCAGGACAGAAGUUUCUUUUGAUAAGCCGAACUUACAGCUGUGAAUAACUUUGUGUAAAUGGUGCAUUUUUUUUUUCUCAAAACAUUACAACUUUAUUGUUGGAAUGUAAAAUAUACAUUCAGAAACUCCUAUAGCUUUAUUGUUGUAGUGAAUAAUUUUAUUCUUUAGAUAUUACAACUUUAUUAUUGAGUGAAGAAAACGUUGCAACUUUGUUGUAAUGCACGGUUGUAUUCUGACUACAUUGUAACUUGUAGAAUUAUAUAGAACGAGUAGAAUUAUAUUAUCAAAAUAACUUUAUUAUGCAAGUGUAAAAAUUAUACAAUUCACUGUUGUAAGAAAACAAUUUUACAUUUUUAUUCAGAAAAUAUUACUUUAUUGUUGUAAAAGUACAUUUUACCCCUUCUAAUGUGGAAGUCUCAGGUAUUUUUGUUUUUUAAACAAUGACCUUGAUGCUCCGUUGUCAUCGUACACUUGACUAAUGAACAAACUUGUUUACUGGAACCUUCUGGGCCACAUUUUUCUUUUCCCUUAUUAACACAAGACAAACUGUGAGCCGCAGAUGUGAAACAAGACGCCAACCUGUUGACAGUAAACGGUCAAUGUCAGAAGAUCAGUGAAGCAAAAGUGUAUGACACACUCACUUUUCACUGUUUCAGACAGUGUCACAUCGUCUCAGAUCAAAAUGUACUGGAUCGCUAAUUUAACUUUUAAUAUCUGUGUUGCUAUCACAGCACAUAUUUGAAAUCAGCUGUUAUAUUUAAUUUAGUGUUUUAUUGUAAAUGAAGCUAUGUCACUAGUAAAUUGUGCAUAUCAAAACAUUUACUGUACAUGAACUCACUGGACACUGAAGCUCUUCCUGCAUAUCAGAACCAGUCUGCUGGUUCACGUGUAUCUGAGUAUGAAAGGAU